AGCUGACUCGCUUGUCUCUUCCUUUUCCUCCUCCCUCUUUCCUCUCCUCUGUCCUGCUCUGUCUCAGUCAAACCUGCUCCGUGAAACACUGGAUGGAUUUCCUCCUCUCUGGUGUCACUGGAGGAGACUGGAAACGGGGAGUUUCAACAAGGACGGAAUAAGAUCAGCUCCUGCUGGGUGGAUCUUCACUCUCCAGUUGGGACAGGCUCUACUGGAAGCUCCUGUAAGACUGAUCGUUUGCCCUGAAAGAGGAAGGCAUGGGCGGGCCGGGGGGGUCAGCGAUGGCGUUUUCCCUCCCUGCUCUUUUGUUCCUCAUCAUCACGGUCUCCAGCCUACCUCAACCUGUGCCAAGAGUUUUGCUUUCAUUUGAAGACCUAAUGGCCUCACAGUCAUUUGAACACUUCAGCCUAUCUGAUAAGCCUAUGGACUACAGGAUCCUGCUCAUGGAUGAGGACCAGGAUCGGAUGUAUGUGGGGUGUAAGAACCACAUUCUCUCCAUGGACCUUAACAACAUCACUCAUGGCACGCUUAAGCUGUUUUGGCCUGCAUCUACAAGCAAGAUAGAAGAGUGCCAAAUGGCAGGAAAGGACCCCACACAUGGCUGUGGGAACUUUGUGCGUGUGGUGCAGCCCUAUAACAGAACUCAUCUGUUUAUGUGUGGCAGUGGAGCCUACAGCCCCGUCUGUGUGUACAUCAACAGAGGCCGAAGACCUGAGGAGCAAGUGUUUUAUAUUGACUCAAGAAUGGAAUCAGGAAAAGGGAGGUGCUCCUUCAAUCCUGAAGUAAACACGGUCUCCGUCAUGAUCAAUCAGGAGCUGUUCUCAGGCAUGUACAUCGACUUUAUGGGGACAGAUGCUGCCAUCUUCAGGAGCCUGACCAAGAGAAAUGCAGUUCGAACAGAUCAGCACAACUCCAAGUGGCUUAGUGAACCCAUUUUCAUUGAUGCUCAUCUUAUCCCAGACGGAACUGACCCAAAUGAUGCCAAAUUGUAUUUUUUCUUCCGUGAGAGGUUGACAGAUAAUGAUGGAAACACCAAAAACAUCCACACCAUGGUUGCCCGAGUGUGUCCUAACGACACUGGAGGGCAGCGCAGCCUCGUGAACAAGUGGACCACCUUCCUGAAAGCCAGAAUGGUGUGUUCAGUCCUGGAGGAGGACGGCACGGAAACACACUUUGAUGAACUUGAGAAUGUGUUUUUGCUGGAAACGGAUCAGCCCAAAGGCUUGCUGGUGUUUGGAGUCUUCACAUCCACAAGCUCCGUGUUCAGAGGGUCGGCUGUGUGCGUAUACAGCAUGGCAGACAUCCUCACCGUGUUCAACGGGCCCUUCGCUCACAGAGAGGGGCCCAACUACCAGUGGGUGGCCUUCCAGGGGCGCAUUCCCUACCCGAGACCAGGAACAUGUCCCGGAGGAGCCUUUACACCUGACAUACACACAACAAAGGAAUUCCCAGAUGAUGUGGUGAACUUUGUACGAAAUCAUCCUGUCAUGUUUAACGCCAUCUACCCGGUGGGAAGGAGACCCCUGGUGGUUCGUACCGGAGCUGCCUACAGAUACACCUCUGUGGCCGUGGACCAGGUCAUGGCUGCAGACGGCAACUACCAGGUGCUGUUCCUGGGCACAGACAAAGGGACAAUACAGAAGGUGAUUGUGCUGCCAAGUAACCAAUCGCUGCAUGAAGAUCUGAUCCUGGAGGAGCUGGAAGUGUUUAAGAAUCAAGCUCCUGUUACAAAUUUGAGAAUCUCUCCAAAAAAACAACAGCUGUACGUCAGCUCGGACUUCGGGGUCUCGCAGGUCUCCCUGCACCGUUGUGACGCCUACGGCUCGGCCUGCGCCGAUUGCUGCCUCGCCAGAGACCCCUACUGCGCCUGGGAUGGACUCAGUUGCUCUCGCUUCUAUCCCACCGGGAAAAGGAGAAGCAGGAGGCAGGAUAUAAUGCACGGAAAUCCACUCACUCAAUGCAGAGGUUUCAAUUUAAAAGCCUACAGGAACGCUGCUGAGAUAACGCAGUACAGCGUGAAAAACAACACCACCUUCCUGGAGUGCGUUCCAAAGUCUCCUCAGGCGUCCAUUCGCUGGCUCAUUCAGAGAGAGAACGACAGGAGGAAAGAGGUUAAGCUGAACGAUCGCAUCCUCUCCACGGAGCUCGGCCUUCUGAUCCGCUCCGUCCAGCAGUCCGACCAGGGUCUGUACUACUGCCUGACCACAGAAAAUGGCUUCAAACGCACCGUCGCCAAAGUCCGUCUGAAUGUGCUGAGUGAAGCCGUGGUGAAGGUUCUGACAGACAAGCAGCAGUCCCCCUGGGCAUGGGCCAGCUCCCUAAACCCGAAGGCCCUACUGGAAACCUUCAGCCCUGCAGAGAAUCUGGCUGUACAGCAGUACUGUAAAGAGAGAAAAGACUUCAAGAAGCUUCAACAGAGGCAGCAGCAGCAGCCGCAGCCACCUGGACCCCUCAGGGGGGACUUGGCCAAACUAAAACCCCUACUGGACCGGAGGAAGAGCCGCAAUAGACGCAAUAACCUCCCUGAUGUGUGAUGCACGACGCAAGCAGCAGAAACUGACACGCACAGCGUCCUCUGGUCCUGUGCCCUUCAAAGCACUCACUGCUCCUCUCAUCUCAACCACUGAGCUGCAGAUGUACCUUAACACCAGAAGGUUGGUGUGGGGAGAUUUAAUCCCACAAAAUCUUGUUGUCUCACAUGAAAUAAUGCGACCAGAUGGCUGUAAUUUUUCAACCACGAGUUUUUCCUUCGCUUUGAUCGUCACAACACGAUAUGAGGCGGACAUGUCCUGACUUCCUCUGACAAACUCUUCCCUCAGAGGAUAACGCUUUGAAUUUCAGCUAUCGUGUCACGCUUUGAUGUCUGAGGGAAACAUUUAAAUGUGUUUCUUCUAAUGGAUUUUUAUUUCUUUCCAUCACAUACUUCUGAUGGAAAUGGGGACUGAAGAAACACAAAGGCCUUUAU